AUGACUCUAGGAGCAUACUUGGAGGAGCCUUGUCGCCUCACCAACUUUGACAAAUUAGAAAUCCAGGCGCGACGUUGGCGGCACCCUGCGAGUGAAGCGAGGGAUGAGUGCCACUUGGCAAAUGACACGCAGAAUCAAGCGAUUUCCCUUGCAGUUUCUGUUCACAGGCUGUCGCAGCCCAGUUUAACGUGUAUUUUAAGCCCUUUACUGUCUCUGUGUCUCCUGCAGGGCGAUGGCCUGCAGCUGGAGUACGAGAUGAAACUGACCAAUGGGAAGUCAUUCUGGUCGCAGCAUUUUUCUGCCGAUGAGUUUGGAAUUUUGGAGACGGACAUCACAUUUCUGGUCAUCUUCACCAUGGUCUUCAUUCUAUCCUGCUACUUUGCCUACAAUCUGAAGGGACGACAGCUUCUUCACACAACCUACAAAAUGUUUAUGACGGCAGCAGGUGUGGAGGUGCUCAGCCUGUUGUUUCAUUGUGUCUACUGGGGCCUGUAUGCUCAAGAUGGAGUUGGCAACGGCAGCCUGAAACUACUCGGGAAAUUGCUGUUCUCUGUCAGUUUCUUGGUGUUCCUUCUGAUGCUCAUAUUGUUGGGAAAAGGUUUUACUGUCACCAGGGCGAGGAUCAGCCACAGCGGCUCGGUUAAACUCAGCAUCUACAUGACUGUCUACACCAUCACCUACGUCAUCCUGUUCAUCUACGAGGCUGAGUUCUUUGAUCCAGGUGAAGUGCUUUACGCUUACGACAGCCCUGCAGGUUAUGGACUAAUGGGCCUGCAGCUGCUGGCCUACGUCUGGUUCUGCUACGCUGUCAUGGUCUCCCUGAAGCACUACCCCGAGAAACAGCCUUUCUACAUCCCGUUCUUCACUACAUACACCCUCUGGUUUUUUGCAGUGCCAGUUAUGGCUCUGAUUGCCAACUUUGGGAUUCCUCGUUGGGCGCGGGAAAAGAUUGUCAACGGCAUUCAGCUCGGCAUACACCUCUACGCUCACAUCGUCUUUCUUGCAAUCACACGACCUUCUGCAGCUAAUAAGAACUUCCCAUAUCAUGUUCGGACGUCCCAGAUUGGGAUCCUUCUGUCGAGUCCAAAAGGUGGCGAGGGGGGUGAGAGUUUUCCUCACCAUGCCUAUGGAAACAGUUCCUAUUUGGGGGACUCUCAGCCCAACUUUACUGAACUCUUCUCCAUCCAAUCAGAUCCGGUGAAGACGGUGGAUGAGACGGUGGCCCGGAAAGGACAAGAUGUGCUGAAGAACAGCGAACAGAAGAUCAUCACCACGGCUGCUGACUUGACAUCCUUAUUGCCCCAACUUCCACCUCCAAUACCUCCCCGCCCUGCCACACACUCAUCCCUGCCCCCUCCCCGGAUCCCUUCCUUCACAGAGUACUUCAGCAUGCAGGGCGGAGGAGGAGCAGGCUUUGGAACAAAGGCAUAAGAUGGAGAGACAGACAGGAAAGGGAGAUGGGGAGAGAAUGGUAAUACGAAAUCAAACGAAUGAAAUCAGAAGGUGGAAAUCGCAGCGUUAAAGAGACACGUGUCAUCCAAGAAAGGUUUGGAUGGACGAAGGGCAGAAAUCACCAUAAAAGGGCAUCUGAAAGUGAGCAUCCUGAAACAGAAAUGAAAUCACCGAAAUGGAGGAGUUGGAGAUGGAAGCUUGUUGAAGAAUAAAGAAGCAAUAAAUAUUUGAUGUUGACCAGUAGGAGCCACCAGGGG